AUGGGUCUUGACUUUGGUCAGGCGAUUGGCACUGCCUGUGCGACAUUCGCCGUCACCAACGUCGACGACAUUUUUGUUCUUGUCGCAUUCUUCGCUGAGGCUACGACGAGUCGGUCGCUCACGCCUGCCAAGAUUGCCAUCGGACAAUAUGUCGGCUUUACGGUAAUUGUUGCUGUGAGCAUGAUUGGCUAUGGCGCGUCUCUACUCAUUCCUGCCGAACCAAUUGGAUUUCUUGGCCUUUUGCCAAUAUUGUUGGGUAUAUGGCGGAUUCUGAGCUAUAUCUUCAGCAAGGAUGAGGACGAAGAGGAGGCUCUAGAUCAAGAGCUGACAACUGCUGAUGGGUUCAAGAGUGUUUUCAAGGUCGCUUCUAUUACUGUCAUGAACGGCGCCGACAAUAUCAGCACGUACAUCCCCCUCUUCGCAGAAGCAAAAGCUGGAGAACUGGCGAUAUAUAUCGUCGUUUACUACAUCAUGCUUGGCGUAUGGUGUUGCGCAGCAUACCUCAUCAUGCGGCAAAAGCAUAUUCUACACAUUGCUCAGAAAUACGCCCGCAGGUUGGUGCCGUUCCUGUAUGUUGGCCUCGGAAUCUUCAUCAUCGUCAACUCGGAGUGUUAUCCAUGGGCUAUUGAGGAGAUUGACGAUGACAUUGCUUCACAUCCUGGCAAGAUCGUCAUGGGAGUCACGACUGCGGGUUUGUUGGCGAUCUGUAUUAGCGCCAUGCUUUGGAGGAAGUUGAGCCAGAGAUCGGAUGAAGUUAUGGUCGACGAUGCAUCAUCUGCUCCCCAUGGUCAACGGGGAUCACAAGAAGGAGGACAAGAUACCGCGCAGCAAGUUGGAGAGCAAUCUGAAGCUUCCAGAGACACAGGCGGCGUCGACGGUCCUACGAACAAAGCCGGAACGCAAGUCAGGAAUGUCCCCAUCGACGAUCCCAGAGAGGGAGGCUCGGCGGUAUAA